CGUUACUUCUCACUCAAAUCGAAAUUCUUUCAUUUUUAAGUUUUCGGGUCAAACUGGAAGCUGGGCCCGGGCCGAACUGAUUCCCCAACCAUAGUCCACGUCAUCCAGGAGGAGGAGGUAGAGAAGGACGACGACGACCACAACAACAACCAACAAAAAAAUACAAACCGCAACUUGCAGCACAAACCACCCCCUUCAACAUCCACAAACCCUAAUUCCUCCCUCUCAACGGAUUCAUAUGCAUAUAUGUAUUGUUUGAAAAAUGUCUACGGAUGACGCGACUGAAAAAGCGAGAGAGAAUGGGAACGGCGUCGAAUUGCCGUCAACGCAAAGGCUGAUACCGUUCGAGAACAAGGAGCACAACCCGGAGAGCUACGAGGACAUGCAAUUGGAUUACAGUCCUCUCCUCUUUAGCUCUCUAGAGCGGUACUUGCCUCCUAACAUGCUCAAUUUGCCGCGUGAUCGUAAAGUCCACUUCCUGAGUGACAUUCUGACUCGCUACUCUCCUCAGGGUGAACACACUCGCGUUCAAAAGCAUCGAAAGUACAGACAGCAGAUUCUAUCAAACUAUGAGCCUAGACAUAAGGAGCUGUAUACUAUGAAUGCUGCAAAUUUCUUUGUUCCUUCAUUUCUCAAAGCAAUCAGUGAGAACUCAGAAGAGAGUUUCAGAAGCAUAAUGGUGGAACCUACACCAGGAGUUUAUACAUUUGAAAUGUUUCAGCCAAAGUUCUGUGAAAUGUUGAUGGCUGAGGUAGAAAGCAUGGAAAGAUGGGUGCAUGAUCAAAGGUUCCAUAUAAUUUGUCCGAACACUAUGAACAAAUAUGGUGUUGUUCUUGAUGACUUUGGACUGGAAACCAUGCUUAACAAGUUGAUGGAUGGCUAUAUAUGUCCCAUGUCUAGAGUUUUCUUUCCUGAGGUGGGUGGAUUAACUCUGGAUUCUCACCAUGGUUUUGUUGUUGAAUACGGAGUGAAUAGGGAUAUCGAGCUUGGUUUCCAUGUUGAUGAUUCUGAAGUUACCUUGAAUGUUUGCUUGGGUGAGCAAUUUUAUGGUGGAGAUUUGUUCUUUCGUGGUGUUCGAUGCGAUAAACAUGUGAAUACAGAAACCCAAUCAGAGGAGGUUUUUGAUUAUGCCCACAUUCCGGGACGGGCAGUUCUUCAUCGUGGUCGCCAUCGGCAUGGUGCAAGAGCGACUAUUUCUGGGCACCGGGUCAACUUGGUUAUAUGGUGCAGAAGUUCAGUUUUUCGAGAGCUGAAGAAACAUCAAAACGAUUUUUCCAGCUGGUGUGGAGAUUGUCGACGUGAGAAAAAAGAAAGACAACAUCUGUCAGUUGCUGCUACCAAACUGGAAUUGCUGAAGAGGGAUGGUAUAUCUGCAUCCUGAGUCAUUAAUUUCUCUCAAGUUUUGCUUGUGAAGCUGUAAGAUAGCAGAAUUCUCACCCUUGCCAAGUGGCAAUUCUUUCUUUCUUCUUUCUUGCUGUUUCAGUCCUUUUGUGUUAAAAUUGUCCUAGGCUUUUGUUGGUUAUUAAUGAAGGGUGCAUCUUGUAUUCUCUCUUUCCAAGUUGGAUUGAAAUCUGUCUAAUGCAAUGUUGUCUUAUUUGCUUUCAAAA